GGGGGCGCCGCUCCCCCUUUGUUGGUGUCGGCGGGGCCGAGCGGGGCCGGCCCGGUAUGGGAGACCAGGAGGCUCUGCGGAAGAUCAUCACCACCUUGGCCGUGAAGAAUGAGGAGAUCCAGAACUUCAUCUACUCCCUCAAGCAGAUGGUGCAGAACGUGGAGGCCAACUCCACGCGGGCACAGGAGGACCUGGAGAGCGAGUUCCAGUCGCUGUACGCCCUGCUGGACGAGCUGAAGGAGCAGAUGCUGAUGAAGAUCAAGCAGGAGCGUGCCAGCCGCACCUACGAGCUGCAGGCCCAGCUGGCAGCGUGUGCCAAGGCCUUGGAGAGCUCGGAGGAGCUGCUGGAAUCGGCCAACCAGGCCCUGGGCGCGGCCAACAACCACGACUUCGCCCAGGCUGCCAAACAGAUCAAGGAUAGCGUGACCAUGGCCCCAGCCUUCCGCCUCUCGCUCAAGGCCAAGGUGAGCGACAACAUGAGCCACCUGAUGGUCGACUUCGCCCAGGAGCGGCGCCUGCUGCAGGCCCUGGCCUUCCUGCCAGUGCCCAGCACCCCCGAGAUCGACCUGGCGGAGUCGCUGGUGGCCGAUAACUGCGUGACCCUGGCCUGGAGGAUGCCCGAGGACGACAGCAAGAUCGACCACUACGUGCUGGAGUAUCGCCGCACCAACUUCGAGGGGCCCCCCCGAGCCAAGGAGGACCAGCCCUGGAUGGUGGUCGAGGGCAUCAAGGGCACUGAGUACACCCUCUCUGGGCUGAGGUUUGACAUGAAGUUCAUGAACUUUCGUGUCCGGGCGUGCAACAAGGCUGUGGCAGGAGAGUUCUCCGAGCCGGUCACCCUGGAGACGAGAGCCUUCAUGUUUCGGCUGGACGCCAGCACCUGCCACCAGAACCUGCGCGUGGAGGAGCUGAGCGUGGAGUGGGACGCCACGGGGGGCAAGGUGCAGGACGUCAAAGCCCGCGAGAAGGAUGGCAAGGGCAGGACGGCCUCGCCUGCCAACUCGCCUGCCAGGGUGGUGCAGUCGCCCAAGAGGAUGCCCUCGGGGCGUGGGGGCAGAGAUCGAUUCACUGCUGAGUCCUACACGGUUCUGGGGGACACCCUGAUCGACGGCGACGAGCACUACUGGGAGGUGAGGUACGACCGGGACAGCAAAGCCUUCGGCGUGGGGGUGGCAUACCGCAGCCUGGGCAAGUUCGACCAGCUGGGCAAGACCUCUGCCUCCUGGUGCCUGCACCUCAACAACUGGCUGCAGGUCAGCUUCAGUGCCAAGCAUGCCAACAAGGCCAAGGUGCUGGACGUGCCCGUGCCCGACUGCAUCGGCGUCUACUGCAACUUCCACGAAGGCUUCCUGUCCUUCUACAACGCCAGGACCAAGCAGCUGCUCCACACCUUCAAGGCCAAGUUCACGCAGCCUGUGCUGCCAGCCUUCACGGUCUGGUGUGGCAGCUUCCAGGUCACCUCGGGCCUGCAGGUGCCCAGCGCGGUCAAGUGUCUGCAGAAGCGCAACAGCACAGCCAGCAGCUCCAAUGCCAGCCUGGCCUAGAGCUGUGCCCCCUCUGCUGUGGGCACCCCGCCAGGCAAGAACACUGAAUGUACCCAAACCCCUCCCCUCCCUGCCCCCCAACCUCUCCCACCUCAGACGCUGCCCUGGCAGGGCUGUGCCGUCCACCCAGAGCUGGGCUGCACUGGCACCCUCGGUCCUGCCAGCUGACCCCCUCCACCACCCCUCCCAACUCUGUGCCACCCACCCCCCCUCCAUGUCACUGGCAAGGGGCUGGGCACAUUGUCCCCCCUGCCACCACUGAGAGCUGCUUCUGGCCUGAAGAAUA